ACGGCUCGGAGGCUGCAGCAGCGCGGUCGGUUGCGCGGCCCGGGGGGGGGGGGCGCCGCUGGUUCCGCUCUAUGAGCCCGGCCGGGGCUGCGGAGCCGAGGGCGGGUCGUCUAGUGCCGCCGCCGCCGCCGCUAGCAUCGCCCAGGGGCCGGCUGCUGUGACUUGCGCGGGGCUCUGCGGAACCGCCAGCCGGCGAGGAGAGACGGAGGGGAAGCCCGGGUAGAAAAAUGUCCACUUUCCUUAUGGUUGGCCUUCUCCUGCUCUUUGUGGUUGAGUAUGGUUCCUCUGAGAACUCCAGUACUCCACGAGGAUGUGGACUAGAUCUCCUUCCUCAAUAUGCUGCCCUGUGUGACCUGGAUGCUAUCUGGGGAAUUGUGAUUGAGGCUGUGGCCGGUGCGGGAGUCCUGACCACGCUGCUCCUCAAGUUGAUCUUGCUGGUCAGGCUGCCCUUCAUCAAAGGCAAGGAGAAAAGGAGCCCAUUGGGCCUCCAUUUCCUCUUCUUUUUAGGGACCUUGGCUCUGUUUGGCUUGGCCUUUGCGUACAUCAUUGAAGAGGACGAGACCAUCUGCUCCAUCCGCAGGUUCUCCUGGGGAGUCCUCUUCGCCGUCUGCUUCUCCUGUUUGCUCGCUCAAGCCUGGCGGCUCCGGAGGCUGGUCCGCCACGGCAAAAGCCCAUCUGGAUGGCAGCUGGCCGGGAUCGCCGUCUGCGUUGCGUUGGUCCAGGUCAUCAUUGCCACGGAGUGGCUGAUACUGACGAUUGUGAGGGAAGGGAAGCCGGCCUGCCGUUACGAGCCCAUGGAUUUUGCAAUGGCUUCCAUUUACGUGAUGUUCUUGAUGGUGGUCACCAUGUGUUUCUCCUUCUUCACGUUGUGUGGGAAAUUUAAGAAGUGGAAGAAGAACGGGGUGUGCCUCGUCAUCACCAGUUUCUUCUCCAUCCUCAUUUGGGUGGCGUGGCUGACUAUGUACCUGUACGGUAACAAGGAACUGGGCAGAAGAGACCAGUGGCAGGAUCCCACCCUUGCAGUGGCUCUGGUAGCCAACGGGUGGGUCUUCCUAAUCUUCUAUGCCAUCCCAGAGGUUCACUGUGCCAUCCUCCCGUCUCAGCAAGAGAACACGCCCAACUACUUCGACACUCCGCAACCGCGGAUGCGUGAAACCGCUUUUGAGGAUGACCUCCAGCUUCCUCGGAGUUACAUGGAGAAUAAAGCUUUUUCAAUGGAUGAGCAUAAUGCAGCGUUACGGACGGCAGGAUUUCGCAACGGCAGCUUGGGAAGCCGUGCAAGCGCUCCCUUCCGAAGCAACGUCUACCAGCCCACCGAGAUGGCGGUUGUCUUGAAUGGUGGGACUAUUCCAACUGCUCCACCAAGUUACACUGGAAGACACCUAUGGUGAAAAGCUUAGAGGUCAUAGAGGAAGAGAGAGAGACAGAGACAGAAUCCAUUAACAAAAAUUGAUUGCCACACACCCCCUCUCCCCAAAAAAGUGUGUGUUUUUCAGAGGGAGGAAAUCCAUUUUGGGGGUGGGGCGUGGAAGUUCCUAAAAACUGGUAGCUUGGAGUUCUUUUUUCCUUUUUUUUUUUUUAAUAAAACAAAUAAACAAAACAAAAAAACGAAACAAAAACAAACCAUGAGUUCUGUCAAAUCGAUAAGCUAACUACCAGGAGCCUCCGCGCUGCAAUAGAAGCUGACCCGAAUUUAAACAGUAGGCCUAGGCACAUUGCUUCUUAUUUUAAAAAUAGAAAAAAAGUGGGGAGAGGGAGGAGAAAGGGGAUCAAGUAGCAAAAUCACAAGAGAAAGGGUUUGGUUUGAGAAAAGUGGGAAGGCUUUGGAAGGGGCAAAGGUCUUUCGUUCACGUAACCGUGAUUUGUGCGCGAUUGUUCACACAAGGGGGUCUUUUGACUUCUUUGCUACUCUUGGAACAGCAUUCGUGGGGGUGGAGGUAGGUGGGGAGAAAGCCUAUUUAGAUCAGGGGGUGUUUCUCCAAAUUCAGCAACUUUAAAGACGGGUGCACUUCAGUUCCCAGAAUGCUGGCUAAGGAAUUUGGGGAACUGAAACCACCCAUCUUAAAAGUUGCAAAAACUUUGGAGACCCCUGAUUUGGAGCAGGGUUCUGCAAGCUUAGCACUUUUUAAGAUGAGUGGACUUGAUGUUGGCUGACGAAUUCUGGGAGUUGGAAGUCCACCCGUCUUAAAGUGGCCCAACUUUGAGAAACGCCGAUUUAGAGUAAGUUGUGGAUCUACACCAGAGGUCUUCAAACUUGGCAGCUUUAAGACUUGUAGACUUCAAGUUGAAGUCCACAAGUCUUAAAACUGCCAAGUUUGAAGACUUCUGGUCUACAGUAUGGCACCCUCCAGUGACAAGACAGGGUAUUUUCUCUUUGCAUCCAAAGUGUGUGCUUGUGGGAUUCCAGAUCAGGUGGCAACAGUGACCCCAGAGUCAGUGGUGUCCUCGCCAGGCAUCCUUCUGAAGUGCCCAACCUCUUCUUCAAACCACGAGAGCUUUCACCCAGGCUUCUCUUCUCCCAGAAGCAGCACAGACAAGUUGACCAUCAGGGUGUGCUUGGUAGGAUCAAGGAAGCCACCUGCCCUGCUUUCCCGGUUGACCAAGGUCACAGCUGGGGCAAAGUCUCACAAAUUGAGUGUCUCCAGAGGGGGGAAAAAAACAACUGGUGCCAGGGAGUUAGCUAAGAUAGCUCAGGAGAAAGACAACGUAUGGGAACGAUCCCUCCAAGCUUCCUAAGAGUUUCCCCCUCCCCGCCAAAAAAAGAAAACGUAUCUCAGUGGAUCACCAAAUGUAUUGUCCUCACCAUAAAUUCAAACCUGAGGUCCUUCUCUCAGGCCAGGAAAUCCUCUCUCCACUGGGGGAGGGGGGGGGCGACCUUAAAAUCCCCCACUCUUCACUCCCAAACCUAGUUGAACACUGAAGCCUCAUGGACUGCAAUGUUGCGUUGCACAUCGAUUGCCUUUUCUCAUGUGUAUCUGGAACGUUGGGUUAUUAUUGUUAUUGUUAUUAUUAUUAGAUCGUUUUCACGUGGCUGUUGGGAAUUUCUUCCCCUCCCCUCCCCCCCAAACCGGCUCCUUUGCCACACGACCUCCUAAUUCUUUCUGCCUUUUUCACAUUGCUAUGAUUUCAGUGACGUUUGGUGAAGCAUUCCUUUCGUAGGGUGAGCAUUUUCAAGCAUGUAGAUUUGCCAUUUUUACAUUCGGCUGGCUAGCUAGCACCUGCUUUCUGCUUUCCUAGAGACUGAAAAAAGCAAGUCUGAUUUUGCUUGAUUGUGUGUGUGUUGGAGAGGGGUGUGUGUGUGUGUGUGUGAGAGAGAGAGAGAGAGAUAUGAGAGAGAGAUAAAAAAACCAAGACGGUAUAAAAUAUCUCAAAGGAUAGAAUUUUUUUUUUUUGCACUUGUUCUAAAGAGAUUCGCUUUGCAAAAUGGGCAAUUGACAAUGAUAACAGAAAUAACGAUUGCUGAAUCCUUCAGUUUUGCAAAGCCGGUUCUUAGAAGGGGGGGGUGGGGAAUGUAAUCAAUUAGUGUUUGAGGAUUCUUUUUUUUUUUUUUCCUUUUCAUGUCCCCGGUUUUUAAUUUAACUAAUUUUAUCGGUUUCAUCCUAUUCGUUAACAUACCCAACCUCGCUGUCUGGGUAAUAUGUAAGGAAUUAAAGAGGUAAACUGUCUAAAUGCUAUUUUAUAUUAUAUGCAAGUUUCUUGCACUCAGAACGGUCCAUAUUUGAAAUUGAAUAAAAUAAAUAAAUAAAUAAAUAAAUAAAAUAUUUAAAAGAUGCAUUCUGUCUUCUCAGGAAAGAUUCUGAAUGGAUCUCUUUCUGGAGUGCUAAUUUUCUACAUAUAAAUAUUAGCAUUAGGAUUAGUAAUAAUAAUAAUAAUAAUAAUAGUAUGUGAGGGCAUGCCGUUAAGUAACAACCUGAACCGAGAAUUAUUCUGAAAAUCUUAGAUAAGAUUUUACUAAUUAGAUAAUUAGUAAAGGAUCCAUUUUACCUAUAAGCGAUCCUAAAGUCAAUCUUAUUCGGACAGAGUCGUAGGAGAAUAGGGAAAUAAACUCCUUGUCCCGUCAAAUUUGGUGCACUUUAACGUUUUGCUAAGAUUGUUUUUUCCUUUUCUUUUCUUCCUGUUAAGAACUGCUUUCUUUGUUUAUGAUUUAUUUGAGUCUUGUUGCUAUUCGGCGGAAAGGAAGGGCUAAUAAAACUCUGUUAUUAAUUUAUGUAUCCGCUCUUGUCAGCUUUGAAUAUCCAUUUUAGUGUGGGGGAAAAAAAGCAGAGUGUGAAAAACCUUGAAAUAAAUGUGACGGUAGAUGAUGCCACAUCGGUGCGUUUGUAUAAGGCACAGAGUUGGCAUCACCUCUAUUAAGAACCUGGCUUUUUUAGGAAAGGGUAACUGGUGUAAAACCAGCCAGUGUGUGAAACACAACACUUUACUUUGUUCUAUGAAUUCUGAGUUGCUCUUGUCGCCAUGAUCAUUUUAGCAAAUGGAAUCUUUUUUUAAAAAAAAUUGCCAAGUAGGUAACAGCAAUAAUUUUUGUGGCCCACAAAGGUUUACGUAUUGUACAAGGGGGGGGGGGGGGAAUUGCAUUGUUGAGUUCCAGGGAUUUGCAAAAAUUUAAUUUGAUGUAAAUCUUAUUUGAUUGUGUAAAAUUAUGGGAAAACUGGAUGGUUUGCUAUUUUCCUAACCUCUGUUUAAAAUACAAAGCAAUAUUUUUAAUAAGAGGGACAUUCAUAAAUAUAUAAUUUAACUGCUUCACAUACACAGAGUUGGAACACUGCUGUGGGUCUAUGCAGGACAGAGAUUUGAUAUGGGUGGAAAUGGGGUUUUGAAACUAUUUUUAUUACCAAAAUGCAUAUGAUGAACCUGGGGUAAACGGUUGGAAUUAAUUACUUUUCCCAGUUGAAUGUGGACAAGAGGAGAGAGACGAAAUUGGGUUGUGUUUUAACUGGAGGAAAAGACCAUUUUUAGAAGGUUCUGAGGCUGUCCAAUUUGUGUUUAUUUUUCUUUCUUUUUAGACAAGGAAGGAUUUAGCCGUCCUCCUUCCCGUUAAAUCAAUGGCGGUUUGGGAGCUUAAAAGACAGGGUUGGACACCUUCUAACCUCUCCUGUGAACCGGGGCCGUGCCUCCUAGUGGUGGGAGGCGUACCAAUAAAACUAUAAGGGAUUAUUAUUUUCUCAAACUAUCAUUAUUAUUAUUAUUAUUAUUAGCCUGUGGUUUCUGAUGUUCGCUGCUGCUGCUGCAACUCUUCCCCAAAACGCCUCUUGUUAGAAACUUUUUUAAAAGACACCCUUGUGUUGAGUUGUGUCUCUUUGUGUUAAAAGUUACAAAAAGUUGUAUGAUGUUUUGCUUUUUGGUCAAAAGUUGUGAUGAAUGUAAGAGCAUCUGGGGAGGCUCAUGGGAAGUGAAACCACCUGGGUUUCGCAGCAGCUUGCUUUGGGAAGCAUCGAUGUUAAUUCUGUGCUUUGUGAUUGUCGAUUAAUUGUUAACUAGAAAAAUACAGCAAAAUUCCCCCAACAUAGAAAAAGCAGGCUAGGAGGCCAUUUAUAUAGCAAUUGGGGAAAUGAGCUAGAUCAAAAUUUCCCCCUGGCAAAUUGGAAAGGAACAAUUUGAACGACAGAUGCAGUCUGAGCAAGGUUGCUAAGUUCCAUGCUGUAUUGUUAUUGGCACCAGAGUUUUCCUUGGGACUUCCAGAAUUGGGCUGAAAACCUCCCAAUCGACCUCCAGAUGGCAGCAGAGAGAUAGAGCUUUCUGACUCUUUGCAGCCAUCUAGAGGAUGUCUUGAUCCUUGCAGCUCAGAUUCCGGAGCUCCAGCAUCAAGUAGCAAAUGCCACCCAGCCAAGGGUUGAAGGAAAGAGUUGGGUAAUGUUCUGUAAGCUUGCCUGCUGCCUUAGGUGGAGAAUGAAAGGCCAUUCUCCCCAUGGAGAAAGCAUGAUCUACCACGCUUUUCUGCACGAGGUGGGGAUUCCACCUCGUUCCUUCCUCCUUCCCUUCCGAUUCUCGGGCUGAUUCUGCCUGCUUGCAAACUGCACCUCCUCAAAGCCGACAGCAAACUUUCCAGUGACUUUUCACAGUGCUGGAGGCCUACUAAAACAUUAAGCAUGCUUCCGUUCUACUAAUCUUGGUGCAUGCCCAGUGGGUCUUAACUUCCUGUCAGCUGCACCCCUUUUCCACAGCUGGAUAGCUUGGAGGGCCAUGCAUGAAAUCUAUAGAAAGCAGGCAGGGCUGGCCAAUCAGAACCCAAGGAGGUUUCUGGCUUGACGUCAUUGGUCCUGAGAUGUAUCUCCAUUUACAUUCACCGACUGUCAAUUUCCAUUAAGCUUUAGUUCUGUGGGGAUCAGCUGAACAAUGAGUUCUUCCUUCAUGCUCAACUUUAUCAAGUUUGGUGCAAACUCUUGGACUCCCAGAAUUCUCAGAAACAUUGACCACCCUGUGGGGAAUUCUGGGAGUUAAGAGUCCAUGCAUCUGAAGGGCGUCCAAGCUUAGGGAAGAGAGUGCCACUAUCGUGGCCAAUGUUUGAGAAGGCCUGGACUUCCAUGUCUGUGAUUUUAGAAGGACAGUAGGUGCCCAGAAGUCAUGACCACCUCCAGGCUGAAUCCUAAAUGAAGCAAGAUGUCUUUCAAUACUAGCUGAAAUCUGCUUUUUGGGAACAUCGUUGCUUUGGCUAAUUUACUGCUCGAAGCUUCCAUUCUAAUCCAAAGCAGCAGAAAUCAGAAGCAAUUGUAGCUUUGAUAGGAGAUUUGAGAAAAAAAAAUAUAUAAAUAUUAUAAUUUGACUACUCUACUAUCCUUACCAGAUAACCCAACCGGUGCUUUUUAUUAAAAUGACAAGUGCUCUCUUCUUCUUUUGAUAAUAUAUAUGUAAAUAUUUAUUAAAUGUAUUAAUGUGCUUUUUUUAUAAUAUUCUCCCCCCCCCCCUUCCCUUAUCUUGUUGACCGUUUGCGUACCAUUUCAUAUUCUACAUCUCUGGAAGGUUUUUUGAGACAAUCAAUUGUGUACCAUAUGGACUUCUUGUACAUAAGAGAUAUGAAAUUUAAACAAAAAAAAAAAAAGAGAGUUGUAAAGCCUGGGCAAAAGGAAGAUACAUUUUAUUUUCAAAAUGCUGUUCUUAAUGAAGAAAAUAAAAAUUUUAAAAAAAUAAAAAUAAAGAAUUACUAUUUACUUACAA